CGAGCAGAGCAGCAGGCACAAGUUCCCUUGUUUGGCUGACUUGGCGUCCCCUGCUUCCACUCUGGAGGAGAUGGGUCGCAAGGAAGAGGAUGACAGCAGCUCCUGGAAGAAACAGACGAGCAACAUCCGGAAAACAUUCAUUUUCAUGGAGGCCCUGGGAUCAGGUGCCUUUUCGGAAGUUUUCCUAGUGAAGAAAAGAAGCACUGGCAAGCUCUUUGCUCUGAAAUGCAUCAAGAAGUCUCCUCUCACAAGGGACAGCAGCUUGGAGAAUGAAAUAGCAGUGCUGAAAAAAAUAAAGCAUGAAAACAUCGUGACUUUAGAAGAUAUUUAUGAGAGCACAACCCACUUCUACCUGGUCAUGCAGCUGGUGUCUGGGGGAGAGCUCUUUGACCGCAUCUUGGAACGAGGAGUUUACACCGAGAAAGACGCAAGUGUGGUGAUCCACCAGGUGCUGACAGCCGUCAAGUACCUCCAUGAGAACGGGAUCGUUCACCGGGACCUGAAGCCUGAAAACCUGCUUUACCUUACUCCUGAGGAGAACUCCAAAAUCAUGAUCACGGACUUUGGCUUGUCUAAAAUGGAACAGAACGGCAUCAUGUCCACUGCCUGUGGGACUCCAGGAUACGUUGCCCCUGAAGUCCUUGCCCAGAAGCCAUACAGCAAAGCCGUAGACUGCUGGUCCAUCGGAGUCAUUACCUAUAUCCUGCUGUGUGGGUAUCCUCCUUUCUAUGAAGAGACUGAAUCCAAACUGUUUGAAAAGAUUAAGGAAGGCUACUAUGAGUUUGAGUCUCCGUUUUGGGAUGAUAUCUCUGCAUCAGCCAAGGAUUUCAUCAGACAUCUACUGGAGAAGAACCCCAGCACGAGGUUUACCUGUGAGGAAGCCCUGCGGCACCCAUGGAUUAAUGGAAAUACAGCCCUCCACCGUGACAUAUAUCCAUCUGUCAGUGCUCAGAUCCAGAAAAACUUUGCAAAGAGCAAAUGGAGGCAAGCCUUCAACGCCGCCGCCGUCGUGCACCACAUGAGGAAGCUCCACAUGAACGUGCACGCAGCGACCGAAAGCCCCCUCCCUGAUUCACAAGCCUCAGAGGCAUCCAGACCCAGCACCCCCAUGGCAGCCACCCGGCCAGCAACACCAGAUGAAGACAAGGACAUGUCAGUGCCUCCAAACCCCUCUCAGGGCUGUCCAAACCCUCCUGCUCAGCUACAGGAAGACACAGGAAUGAGAGAGGAGAAGCCACAAAGCCCCUCGGAGCCUGGAGCCACCAUCCAGCCCACUGGCAGCAGCCUGGUCCUGCCCGAUAACCACAGCCCACCAAGCAGAACCUCUUGUGGCUGCGGUCCUGCCUGCGUGGGGCAUGAGAAAACCAAGACAUCUUUCUGCUCCGAGACAGUGCUGCUUAAAAAGUCUGCAAAAUCCCAUCAUUUCAAAUCAGAAGUCCUCGUUCCAAUGAAAACCAGUAAACACUCUUCUCACUGUGGCACUGGGCAAACUGGAGUUUGUCUGAUCAUGUGAUGAGGAGGCAGGCACCGGGCUCCCCACAUCACCAGCGAAACAGAAGGGCUGUUUUACUCUUUUCUGCACUUCAAAGCCAGACAUCAACAGUGCAAGCGGCUGUGUCCCACCAGGAAGCAGCAUCGCAGAGAGCAGCGACCGACUGGUGACAGCAGCACAUUAGUCCCAGGCAUCCAUCAGUGCAGUGACCUCGGGGUGUUUAUGGAUCAUUAAAGCUGGGAGAAGGCAAGGGAAAGUCUGAGGCUACUGCUAGCAUAUUCAGUGUACAUUAUCCAUACAACAUCGCUCAGUGCUAUAAGCUUUUGGUUUCGGUAUACUGUUUAGUUGUCCAACGCGUGAUAAGUGCACUGCACAAUGCAAACCCUAUAAACUGAAGCCAUGCAGAGCUUUACUCAGUGGCAGGUCAUUUUUACACUCUUCGCCCUAUCCACAUCUUGGAUUUUGGAUAGCCCCAGGCUUUGGCACUCAGAAGCUCGGCAUCCACCAGCUGCCCGGGCUGCACAGUUCUCACUUCAGCUACAAAAGGAGAGCUACAACCUGCUAGCAAUCUCCAUAUGUCUGAUAAUAAUCACAGAAAGGUUUAAGUUCCCUGCUUCCAAGUCUGUAAUUGCACAAUAAAUACUUGCUUAAUAAAGCUGAGUUUUGUUUUGUAAA